AUGGCUGAACCUAUCAAAGAUGGAGUGUUUCGACGAAACAACACAGGGCCUCCAGCAGACGGACCUGUCAUGCCGCUGUUUUCCCUCUCCAGCAAGACCGCCAUUGUGUGCGGUGCCGGACAGGGAAUCGGACUGGCAGUGGCCAAGGCGCUCGCCGAAGCGGGUGCUAACAUAGCCAUUUGGUAUAACAGCAACAGUGGCGCUAUUGCAGAGGCUGAAGAUAUCGAAAGGAUCUAUAAAGUCAAGUGCAGAGCAUAUAAAGUAGACGUUACCUCUUACAAAGAGGUGGAUGAGACGAUGACAAAGUCCAUAAGAGACUUGAACGGCCGUCUUGACGUGUUUGUGGCGAACUCGGGUGUUUCCUGGGGAGAUGAAGCGUUUAUCGAUUCUGAUAUUGGGAGAUACCACGAUCUCAUCAAGAUCAACACUGAUGGAGUUGCCUACUGCGCCCAUGUCGCCGGGAAACACUUCCGCAGGCAGAAGCAAGAGGGAACAACGAUUGACGGUUCUAAGCUCAGCAACUUUGAGAGCGGUAGCUUUAUCGCCACGGCUAGCAUGUCUGGACAUAUCGUCAACAUCCCCCGGCGUCAAGCCGUCUACAACGCCUCCAAGGCCACUCUCAUUCAUAUGUGCAAAUCCCUCGCGAUUGAAUGGCUUGGAUUCGCUCGGGUCAAUAGCGUGUCUCCCGGAUUUAUCAACACGGGCAUAUCCGGGCCGAUCGCGGAAGAAAUCAUGAGCGCCAUCAUGGACAAAGUGCCUAUGGGGCGUUUUGGUGAAACCGUUGAGUUAAAAGGGGUAUAUCUGUUUCUUGCUUCAGAUGCCUCUACGUAUGUGACGGGAACGGAUAUCCUUGUUGAUGGUGGUUACACUGCUCCCUAG